AUGAGAUCUCAUCUACAAGAUGAGCAUCAGGUGGCAAGAACAGAGAUAAGAUAUAUUGCUUCAGAAGCCUGGCAGGAAUUCAACCUCAGCAGCUUCCUUAGGGUCGUGGAAACUGGCCUUGAACCCAUAUGGGGUCAGGACCUACAGUCUACUCUACCACCUCGACAACAGAAGAAUAACUGCUUCAUUGAUUUUCAUGGCCACCUGGUGGACAAACUGCUGUUUGCAGCUCUCAGCCAGGAGAGCAACAUGGAUUCAUGGUGUUUACCUUGGCUUCUGCUGGGUGAGGUUCUCUUUGUGGUCUCUGGCCUGCCAACCCCAGAAAACUUUGAUGUAGAUGGCGGCAAGGAUAAGGACAUAUUUGACAUCAAUGAAGCUUUGGGAUUGAACCUAUUUGAGGGAGACAUCUAUCUUGAUGGGAGAGACAGAAAUUCCAUCAUUGGUGAUCAAUAUAGAUGGCCUCACACCAUCCCUUAUGUUCUUGAAGAUAGUCUGGAAAUUAAUGCUAAAGGAGUUAUCCUGAAUGCAUUUGAACGGUACCGCUUAAAAACUUGCAUCGACUUUAAACCAUGGGAAGGGGAAGACAAUUAUAUUUCAGUGUUCAAAGGAAGUGGGUGCUAUUCCUCUGUAGGAAAUAGACAUGUUGGCAAACAGGUGCUCUCCAUAGGGGCCAACUGUGACAGAAUAGCCACAGUUCAACAUGAGUUCCUCCACGCCCUGGGAUUCUGGCAUGAGCAGUCCCGGUCAGAUCGAGAUGACUACGUCAUAAUAAUGGAGGACAGAAUUCUGGAAGGCAGAGAGCACAAUUUCAAUACCUAUGAUGAUAAAGCGUCAAACUCCCUGAAUGUUCCCUAUGACUACACAUCUGUGAUGCACUAUAGCAAAACUGCCUUCCAAAAUGGAACAGAACCAACAAUUGUGACCAGAAUCCCUGAUUUCUUGGAUGUGAUUGGACAACGAAUGGAUUUCAGCGAUUAUGACCUUGAAAAAUUGAAUCGACUCUACAAUUGCUCGUCUUUCCUAACCUUUCUGGACUCAUGCGAUUUUGAGCUGGAAAAUAUCUGUGGCAUGAUUCAAAAUUCAGAAGAUAAUACUGACUGGCAGAGGGUUUCACAGGUGCCUGGUGAACCUUAUACUGAUCAAUCCUAUGUGGGCAAGUGCACAGGUUCUGGUUUCUUUAUGCACUUUAACAGCAGCUCCGUGAACGAGGGGGGAAAGGCAAUCCUGGAAAGCCGACUAUUUUAUCCCAAGAGAGGGUUUCAGUGUUUGCAGUUUUAUUACUACAACAGCAGGAACAAAGAUGACCAGCUCAAGAUCUACGUCAGGGAGUACACCUCAGAACAUAGUAAUGGCUCUCUUACUCUGGUGGAGGAGGUAAAAGAUGCCCCCAUUGGGAGCUGGCACCUACAUCAUGUACCAUUGGCAGUUACCACCAAAUUCAGGGUGGUAUUUGAAGGAACUCGAGGUAUUGGCACACCAGCUGGUGGUCUCUCCAUUGAUGAUAUCAACCUUUCAGAAACACGCUGUCCUCAUCACAUUUGGAAGAUAAGCAAUUUCACACAGCUCAGUAACUUAAAUGAACGCCUUUAUAGCCCUCCUUUUUACUCACCAGUAGGCUAUGCCUUUCAGGUUCAGUUAGAUGUACGUGAUCAGACUAAUAUAGGGAUAUAUUUCUCUCUCAUCUCUGGAGCCAAUGAUGAACAAUUACAGUGGCCAUGCCCAUGGCAACAAGCCACAAUGACACUAUUGGAUCAAAAUCCUGAUAUUCGCCAGCGCAUGUCCAACCAAAGAAGUGUGACUACAGAUCCAUUAAAGACUUUUGAUAAUGAUAAUGAAACCUUUUUUUGGGACAAGCCCUCCAAAGUAGGAGCGAUGAGCACUUUCCCUAAUGGAACAACAUAUAGCAGAGGUCCAGGAUACGGAACUAGUGCCUACAUAACCCGCAAAAGGAUGCAAAGCAGAGAUUUUAUCAAAGGAGAUACUGUUUACAUUCUUCUGACUGUGGAAGAUAUAUCAAAUCUCAUUUCUACUGAGCCAUCACCUUACCCUUCAAAGGAGCCAGCCAAUUCAACAGAUCCUCCAACAAAUCUCUGUGCAAACUUCAUCUGUCAGAAUGAUGGCACCUGUGUUAUCCACAAUGGCAAAGCAGAAUGCAGGUGUCCAUCAGGGAAAGACUGGUGGUAUGUUGGAGAAAAAUGUGAGACUAAGGGCUCUACCCAGGACACCAUAAUUAUAGCAGUUUCAUCCACUGUAGCUGUAUUUGCCGCUAUGCUGAUAGUGACUCUUGUGAGUGUCUACUGUGUUAAGAAGAAAUACAGUAAAAGGAGCAAUGCCAAUACAGUGAAUACAACCUUAGACAAUGUAAGUAUGCAAUACUGUAAAAGAGCAACAAUGCUAAAAGGAGACUAUACUCAAUGUCAUCAUAAUAAAGCAUAA